ACGCGCCACCCGCCCGCCCGCGCCCGCCGCUCCGCAGCUAGGCGCCGACCGCCGUCCUCCCCCCAAGAUGUGGCACAACGUCGGGCUGACCCUGCUGGUGUUCGUGGCCACGCUGCUGAUCGUGCUGCUGCUGAUGGUGUGCGGUUGGUAUUUUGUAUGGCACCUUUUUUUAUCGAAAUUCAAGUUUCUGCGGGAACUGGUGGGAGACACAGGAUCUCAGGAGGGAGAUCAUGAGCCGUCAGGCUCUGAGACCGAAGAAGACACUUCAUCAUCUUCAUACAGGAUCAGAUCUGCUCGGCAAAGGAGGGCACCCGCUGAUGAAGGCCACUGACCCUAGCCCUAGUCCCAUACUAGUGAAUGACGAAAGGCAGUGGGGAGCCUCUGUCUUUAACGACCUGGCUUUGCAGUUUGGUAAAAGAUCGAAGAACAUUUUUACUUGGAUGUUAAGUCCAAUUAAAAGAAAAAGAUUUAUAUGUAAGCCAUAUGAAAAUAAAGGGAAUUAAAACCAAACCAGACCAUUGCAGAUUUCAUCUUAAAGAUAAUCUUUUGCUUCACUAGCUUUCUACUUACAUACUUAACUCUCUGGCUCCCGGGCUUAUUUUCUUGCACUGGUGUGAAUCUGGUAAACAUGACAGGCUUGAGAAAACCGUAUUUUAUUAAUUCUGUAAUGUAUAUUGUAUUUUUGUUUUUGUUUUCACAUUUUACCUUGUCCAAAAUUGGGAUGUGUCUCAUGAUUACUGUGAACCAGGAGAGGGUCAUGACGUAAUUAUCGCAGCCUGCGUGGGUGGGAACUUAUUAACGGCUUGUCACAGCAUCGUCACUGUAUUGUUGGUACCAAAAGUGUCAGGUGUAAUUGGCAUUUAAAGAUGUCUUCAAAAAGAUUGCACUAUGAUUCAGCAUUGAAACGAAAAGUGAUUGUGUACGCAGAAAAGCAUGGAAAUAGGGCAGCGGGGCGAACGUUCAGGAUUAGUGAAGCAAAUAUCCGGCGCUGGAGGAGUGACCGCCAUUCCAUAUUUUCUUGUAAAGCAACAACAAAGUGCUUUACAGGGCCUAAGAAAGGAAGAUACCCACAGGUGGAUGAAGCUGUACUACGUUUUGUUAGCGAGAUGCGUGCGAAAGCAUUGCCCGUCACGCGCCAAGCGAUGCGAUCGAAGGCAGGAGAAAUCGCCAAAACCCUGGGGAUAGACGAAACAAAAUUCAAAGCAACCAGAGGCUGGUGUGACCGGUUCAUGCGCCGAGCAGGGUUAUCUCUAAGGCGGCAGACCUCGUUUUGCUCAGAACUUUCAGCUGACAUUAAGCAGAAGAUGGUGGUGGAGCACUCUUUCAAGAAACACCGUAUCCCCAGUGCGUUUGAUCACCCCACGGGUGCUCUUACGUGGACGAAAGCAGACAUCCAUGGCUGUGAUUUGAGAAGUGAUUCAGAAGAGCUGGACUCAGAAUAUGAGGUGAUAGUUAUAACCUAACCAGUUAACUUCAUAUACUUUCUUUUGGGUAUGCACAAGAUUGAUGUGUUAAACAUCUGCUUCACUCUAAAAACCGUUUCAAUAAAUAUAAACAUCCUACACGGUA